AUGUCUAGCAAAUCCCGACAACCCGGUCUGUCGAGAGUGACUCCACAGGACUGUCAAUUGAAGAUCAAUCACCAAUUUAGGCCGAAAUACAGAGAGAGCAUUGCCCAAGCCUGGAGUACCUGCUUACAUCUCUCCCAAAACUCUGACUACCCAGAGAUCCAUGGACACGAUCAUUCGAUCACGCGGCAUGCCAAACUUGAACGUUACUAA